AUGCAAGUAUCUAAUGAAGAAAUGGAAAAUAAAUCGGAUGCCGGUUUUAAUUCGACAAAAAUUUGUAGAUUUUGUUUGUCAUCAGCAGGUGUCAUGUCCCCGAUUUUCGAACAGGGAGAAUUAAAUUCUCUCCCGCUGUCAUCCAAGAUAAUGGCUUUUAUAUCCAUUCAGGUUUAUGUUAACGAUGGAUUACCAUCGUUAAUAUGUCACAGGUGUUUGUAUCAAGUUGAAAAAUCAUAUGAUUUUAAAACACAAUGUGAAGCAUCUGAUGCCAUGUUAAGAAAGUAUUUUUCAGCAUUUCAAUCAUCACAUUCCCCAAAAGGAACAUCAACAGCGACAACAGGAGACAAUGAAACUGUCGAUAAUUUUGUACCAUCAUUUGAUUCGUUUAAUUUAAAUCAAUUUCAAAAAGCUUUAAUAAAUAAUUCAUCGUUUUCCGAUUCGCCGUUCAAAAGAAAAAGAGGCCGUCCGAGAAAAGAAGAAAAUAUGAUGUUUUACAAUCCAUCAUCAUCCCUUUAUCCUCAUUUGGACGUGACAAACGGAUUCGGAAAAUAUCCGGAUGACGAAAUUAAAAUUGUCGACGGAAUCGAAUCCCUUGUCACGGUCGUCGAUCCACGAUCGGAAAUAUUAACGAAUUCCGAUGACGAAAACAAAAUGGAAAACGAUAACGAAUGCGUGGAUAAUAGUGAUAAAAACGAAACGAAAAAUCAUAAUAGUGAUACGUUGUUAGAUUCUUUAGAAAUAGCCAAAGCAAAAGCAAAGAAAUACAUGGGAGUUGUUAUAGGUGUCGAUGAAAACGGAAUGAGAACUAGAAGGCAUUUGUGUAAGGGAUGCGGAAAAACUUUCGGACAUUGUUCCGAUUUGAGAAAACACGUAUUAGUUCACACGGGUGAAAGGCCUUUCCAUUGCAGAAUAUGCACGAAAACAUUUUCGAGGAGUACAAAUCUUAACAAACACAUGAAAGUACACACGGGUCAAAAGCCUUAUUUUUGCACGGAUUGUCCUAAAUCCUUUGCCACGAAGGGUGAUUUGCAAAGGCAUUUAAUUAUACAUUCCGGUCUCAAACCUUUCGUUUGCCAUAUUUGUAGUCAGUGUUUUUCGCGUAAGGAUAAAUUGACGAGACAUUUAAAAUUACACGAAAAUGGGGGGUUAAGUAAAUUAAAUUUUAAAUGCGGUGCGUGUUUAACGGUUUUUCAUUCGAAAUUGGAUCUCAAUCAGCACACGAAAUUAGUUCACAAAGAGCGAGAAGAAGAAAAUAGAAAGGAGAAUGACGACGGCGAAUGCGAUGGCGAUGGCGAUGGCGACGACGACGGUGUCGACGUCGACAACGUCGACCCGUGCAAAACAAACAAUCCAAAUCAAUCCGAAUCGAAUUACGGUGAUGUAGAAAAAGUAGUCGAAGAAAAUGACGUUUGUAACGACGACGACGACGACGACGAUGAAAAGGAAAAAAAAGACAAAAAUGAUUUCAUGUUGGAAAAUGAUGGAGGAAGUCCGGAAGUUGAAUCCAUGGUCAUUAACAUAGAUCCAUUUCCGGUCGAUUCGGAUUUAAACGAUGCCAUGAACGAUUGGGAAAAAGAAAAAGACAAAAACGAUUUCAAAACCGAUGAUUCGUUAGAUGGUAACAAUUUAGAUGAAAAUAAAACGAAUUACGUCGGGGGGAGGGCGGGAAAUGAAAAAAAACAAAGUUUCCAGUGCAAAACAUGUUAUAAGAAAUUUAACGAACUCGCUUAUUUAAGAUCACACAUGGUAACACAUUCCACGGUGAAACCUCACAAGUGCACAAUGUGCGAAAAAUCAUUUACCAGACGACGAGAAUUGUUACGUCACGAAAACGUUCACACGGGUUUCAAACCGUUCAAGUGUAAAACUUGCGGAAAAGCUUUUUCGAGAAAGGACAAACUCGUGAGACACGAGAAAAUACACAACGGUGUGAAAAAAUUUUAUUGCACGUUUUGUCCGACAUUGAGUUUCGUCAAAAUAGAAGAUUUGAUUCUUCAUCACCGUUCAGUGCAUUCAGAAAUGGAAGUUCCCUACGUGUUGCCCCCACCGCCGCCACCGUCGUCGUCGUCCUCGUCGUCGGCGGCAUCAUCGACGAACAAUGUCAAAUACCAGUGCGAAAUAUGUCUUUUGUGUUAUGGAAACAUGAAAACGUAUCAGGAUCAUUUGAAAAGUCACAACAAGGACAAAGGCAACGACGACGACAACGGAAACGGAAACGGAAACGUCGUUAAUUCUAGUCAAGAUUCGAAAAUGCUUAACGGAGCCGAUUGCGAAAGCGAUUGCGGAUAUUCCGACGAAGAGAAAUUUGUCGCCAAUUCGUCAUUGGAACAAUUAAAUUCAAAUCCAGCCAUAACUAUAACGUCUGUGUCGUCGUCAAAAUCUUCGGCAUCGUCAUCUUGGUAA